GCAAUGGCGUCACCAUUUUUGCCUGGAAAUUCUCCCAAUAUGCACCUUCUGAAGGAUAAAUUCCACAAAUCCCAACAUUUCGACUACAUCAGCGGUGUUCUGCUGACCGGAAUAGAGAAACCGGGCAUCGGCGGAGAACUGUUGCCGGGGCAGCGACUCAAACCCAAAUCUUCUGUCUAUCCCAAAGCAGCGACUGGUGGUUUGCCGUCGUGGGUUGCCUUUGACAAACAGGCACUCUGUUUUGAGGCAUAUUUUCAAGAAGCGGUGCCAGAUGCUCCCAGUGAGAUGAACAGAAUCCGGAAGUGUAAGAUCUACUUCUACCUGGAAGAUGAUACCAUACAAGUGGUUGAACCUGAGUACAAAAACAGUGGAAUUCCUCAAGGGACUCUGAUUCGUCGCCAACGCAUCCCGUUGCCGCCACCCAAGCAGGAGCAGUUCUACAACGUGUUCCACUUUAACCUCCAGCAGCAGAUGGUAUUGUUUUCCCACACGUUCACGGUGACCAACUGUGACCAGUUCACCAGAAACUUUCUGGCUAAAUGCGGAGUGAUACUCAAUGACCCCGUUGCUGUGCCCGAAGACCCUUACCGUAACCUCCGGGAAAAGAUGGAGAAAAGCAUGAGUCCACUGCGGCCCUACGAGAAACGAGACACUCUCAGACAGUUUUUGGAACACGACCGGAAAGUUCUACGGUUCUUCUGCUUUUGGGACGACACUCAGGCCGUGUGCGGGGAUCUCCGAGAGCUCGUGCUGCACUACUUCCUCGCCGACGAUACCAUCGAGAUUAGGGAAGUCAUCCAGCCGAAUUCCGGGAGAGCCUCAGCGUCCAAAUUCCUCCGUCGCAGCAAGCUACCUAAGCAGGCUUCAAACCAAUUGAAUCUACCAGGAGAGGUGACCAACCGCACCGUGCUUAAUGUCUUGGCCUCCAGCAGAAAAGGAGACCGCUUCCUACUGGACAGCCUUAAAACGGGGGCCAUCCAAGAAGAAUUUUAUAAGGAUUGUGAUUUGAAAGUCGGAGGCGAGCUUAAUGUGUGGGGCAGGAAGGUGACUAUUGCUGACUGUGAUGAUUUUACUAAAGACUACUACCGCUCCAAGUACGGCACAGAGGUGUUUAACACAGUGCAAUACAAAGCUCCCGUAGCCCCAAAGCCCCCCAGGCUUGUACCUCCUUAUAAUGGAUUUGGUUCGGAGGAGGACUCGCUAAGCUCCUGCCAGCAUCUGCUACCCAAACCCCCACAGAAAGAUCUCCACAAGUUCAUGGAAUAUGAAAGAUGUGGCCUCGAGAGUAAUGUGCUCAAGUUCUACGCCAAGAUGGUGACCACCAGUCAAGUGGACAGCGACAGGGAAUUCAUCAUCUCUUUCUACCUGAGCGACGACUCCAUCAGCGUGUUUGAGCGCACGCAGAAGAACUCUGGUGUGCUGGGCGGCAUGUUUCUGGCGCGGGGUCGCAUUAAAAAACCAGGCCAGGAGUUGUUUAAGAGCGAACCCUCCGAGUACUUCGCCGCCCAAGAUCUGCACGUUGGGGCCAUCCUCGACCUCAACAACCGGCUAUUCCAGCUGCUCGAUGCUGACGAGUACACCUUCAAGUACUUGGAGCAACAUGCUGAGCAGUUCCCCAAAGCUAACAUAGGCAGCAUCCUGGCUAAACUACGGUUGAUUCCGGAGGAGAAGCAACGAGAAAUCAGGAACGUCUUGACCCUCAGUGAUCCAACCAACACUGGAUUUGUCACCUUUGACUCAUUCAGGAGCCUGCUGAUGGCAUCGGAAUGCGGUCUGAGCGAGCAUGAGGUUUUGGUGCUGGGACGAUCUUUCUCCGAGCACCAGCAGCCUGAGAUGGACCUUGCCCUGAUGCUGGCCGUGGCCCAGGACGUCCUCAAGAAGAAGGACUUUGACCAGCUCCCUGACAUGACCAGACUGUUUGAACAGCACGACCUCAGCAAAACGGGCCGCGCAUCCACCAAAGAGGCGAUGACCAUCUGUAAAGCCUUCCAGCUUCCCCUGUCUGACAACUUGCUGACAAGUCUGCUCGAGAAGUUCGCAGACGGGGACCAGAUAGACUACCACGCCUUCCUGGCUGGCAUCAACUGGCUGGAGCACCCUGCUCCCCCCGUCAUGCCCGAUGACACGCUAAAGUUUAACGUGAGGCUGCGACGUGAAGCCGGCGGAGUGAAAAACAUCAAUUACUCAUCUCUGGUGCAGGAAGUGUUCCCGAUUGUCUCCAACGCGGUCGACCCGGACGGCGCGGCAUCGGCCUAG